AUGAAUUAAUACGGAAAUCCAUAAUAUUGGGAAGAAAGAUAUACAAGAGAAUAGGAUUAAUUUGAUUGGUAUUAAAGAUUUAGUGGAAUAAGAGAUCAAGUAUUAUCCCAUAUAAAUCCAGAAACAAAAAUAUUAAAUGUUGGAUCUGGUUCUUCCAGAUUAAGUGAAGAAAUGUUUGACGAAGGAUAUUAAAAUAUAACUAAUAUUGAUUUUUCUAUGGUUGUUACAAAAUAAAUGUAAGAAAGAUAUAAAGAUUAGGGUCCUAAUUUUAAAUAUAUUUAAAUGGAUGUAAGAAAUAUGGAAUUUGAUUCAAAAUCGUUUGAUUGUGUUAUUGAUAAAGGCUUAUUAGAUUCUGUUUUAUGUGGAGAAAGUUAAACAACAAAUGCAAAUAAAAUGCUUUAAGAAAUACACAGAGUUUUAACAGAAAAAGGAGUUUAUAUUGUGCUUACACAUGGGACUUCUGAGUUUAGAAAGCCAGUAUUAUAAAAACCUGAAUUUUAAUGGGAUAUCUAAGAAUUUAAAAUAAUAAAACCACAAAUAAGUGAUAAUCCAGGAAAAGAGUUUUUAGAUAAAUAUUAACUUUACAUUUGUAAAAAAAAUGAAGGUAAUAUAGUAGAAAAAUAAGAAUGA